AUGGCUUUCCUCAUCCUAGUGAUAGGGGACCUCCACAUCCCCGAUCGAGCUCUCGACAUCCCCCCAAAGUUCAAAAAGCUCCUCGCCCCGGGCAAGAUCUCCCAGUCCCUCUGCCUCGGCAACCUGACCGACAAGCCGACGUACGAGUACCUCCGCUCCAUCUCGCCGGACCUCAAGAUCGUCAAGGGCCGCUUCGACGUCGAGGCCACCUCCCUGCCCCUGACGCAGGUCGUCGCCCACGGCGGACUGCGCAUCGGCUUCCUCGAGGGCUUCACCCUCGUCUCCAGCGAGCCCGACCUGCUGCUGGCCGAGGCCAACAAGCUCGAUGUCGACGUCCUCUGCUGGGGCGGCACCCACAAGUUCGAGUGCUUUGAGUACAUGGACAAGUUCUUCGUGAACCCGGGCUCCGCCACCGGCGCCUUCUCCACCGGCUGGGGCACCGGCGAGGGCGAGGAGGAGGAGGUCGUGCCGAGCUUCUGCUUGAUGGAUUGGCGGGCGGUCCAAGGCAUAUCACUGACGCUGUAUGUGUACCAACUGAGGAAGGAUGAGAAUGGCGCCGAGAACGUUGCGGUCGAGAAGGUCACGUAUACAAAGCCGGUAGAACCGACAGGAGCAUCAUAG